AUGGUGCAGGUAUUUUUGCACGUAAUUCAGACGCUUCGCGUACUGCUGGUCAACCUAAGGGUGGAAAGGAAGAAGGCAAAGGCACCAGUUGUGGACGAAAACAGGCGAGGUUUCUUUCAAAAAAGGUCCCUUCGUUAUUGCGCCUACCGCGCAUUUGUGGCGUGGUGUUAUGGACGCCUCGGUUUCGGGAGGAGAUAUGAGCUCCCGGCCUGCGUACGGGGGGCUAUUAUGGACGCUUUCCCUCAAGUACAGGAGUGUACACAGGUUUCAAGGGAGCUCCUCAAGAAUGGGAAAGUGUUGAAUGGGACGACGGCUGUUUGUGAAAAGGGUGAUAGAAAUAGAUAA